AUGGGUUCGAUAUUUCGGAUGCCACCAGCAUCUGUCCAGGGUCAAUAUGACGUUGUCCAUAUUCGGAUGUGGGCUAGUAAUGUUCGCGAGAGAGACAUGGCACCACUGCUCUAUCACACGUCUCUUCUUCUGAAGCCAGGAGGCUAUGUUCAAUGGGAAGAUGCAGACCUAGUAAAUCAGGUUGUCACAAGAACGAAGGGAAAGACGUUCGAACAGAUGCUGGGUCGCGAGUAUCCCAGCCAGCUCGACGAAGCCAAGUUCAACAUCAUCAACUCAGAAUCGGGCGUGUUCAAGGGAAACCUGGCACACUUGUGCACAAACACGUACCUGUUGCCUCUCCAGGAGAUUCUCGGGGGAUUGAAAAGGACAAAUCCACCUGCUUUGGCGCCGCCGAUCAGUCGUCGGGAAGAUGCUCUCAAGUGUUUUUUUGCAGAGGAAAGGAAGAGGAUGACUGUAGAAAUAACUGCCACUAUAGCCUCACCCCACCGGAGCAAAUGCGGGGUUGCAGCAUCAUCCCACAGGAGAGCCAACGCUGCAGAAAUGAUCAUCCAAGACAUUUCACCCCUGAAUCUCUCCACCGGAGAAUCAUCGGAAACACAUAAUAACCAGUUAGCGCUCGAUGCCAGCAGUCUCACUAAAGCGCACUUUGGAAAUGACUCUGCGUGGUAUCUCAAUCGCAUUCCUAUCUUCGAGUCCAGUUCAAAGGAAAUAACCGACGUCUAUUACUACCGAUGGAGUCUGUUCCGAGCGCAUCAGCGCGACCUGGGAGAAAACGGGUUCAUCUCGACGGAAUUCCUCAACGAUGUGAGCUGGCAACUUGAUCCAUUCGGAUUACUGAUUGAUGCCACCAACUUUCAUCUCCGUGAAGGACGGUGGUGUCGUGAUCGUCGGUUCAAAGAGGACUAUGCCAAUUUCAUCUUUGGGCCAGAUAACACGGCCACGCAUCAGUUCUCGGAGAGUAUGGCGGAUGGCGUGUGGCAGGGCUAUCUGGUUGAUGGAGUGGCUGAUGAUGCUUCCGCACAUCUGGAUGCGAUGCAGGAUGUGUUUAAGGGAUGGAAUACCUCGCUGUCGUUUGGGGGAUACGAUACAUCCAAGGGAUUGUAUUGGAUUCAACCUGUGACGGACGCGACCGAGUAUACGAUUGCCAGCAUCGAUGCUUCGGGUGGCUCUGAUGGCUUUGACGGAGGAUAUGCCUUCAGACCCAGUAUUAACAGCUACCAGUACGCCAACGCGCUGGCCAUCGCCAAUCUUGCUUCGUUGAAGGGAGAUGAGAGCCUCGCGGAUAACUAUCACAACCAAGCUGCUGCUAUAAAAGAUACAGUGCAGAGCUCGCUCUGGAAUAGCACCUUUGAGCACUUCAUCGAUCGAUACCAUGUCGACAAUGAGAAUGUCAAUUACUGGGACUUUAUCCGGGGACGAGAGCUCGUUGGCUAUGUCCCAUGGACACACGAUCUGCCAGACGAUAAUGCUACUUUUGCUCAGUCAUGGAAGCAUCUGUUAGAUAGUGAGAAACUGGCUGGUGAGCAUGGCAUGCGGACCAACGAGCCCAGCUAUGAAUACUACAUGCAUCAAUAUCGCUACGAAGGAACACAGCCAGAAUGCCAGUGGAAUGGUCCUAUCUGGCCAUUCCAAACCACUCAGGUCCUCACUGGUCUUGCCAAUCUGCUCGAUCAUUAUCCCAAUUCUGCUUCUGCUGGAAUCGUCAGCAAUGCCGAUUACACCACCCUCCUCCAGCAGUAUGCUCAGCUUCAUUACAACCCCAAACGUGGUGGCGUCCUCGACAUCGAAGAAGACUAUUACCCCGACUCAGGCAGUCCCAUCGUCGGCCUCGCUCGAUCCCCUCACUACUUCCACUCUGGAUACGUUGACCUCGUCCUCUCUGGCCUUGUAGGCAUCCGACCUCGAGCAGACGAUGUUCUGGACGUUAACCCCCUGGCUGACCCAAACACAAUUUCCUACUUCCGCGCUGAAAACAUCCUCUACCACGGCCACGACAUCGCCGUGCAAUGGGAUGCAACUGGCAACCAAUACAGCACGGCCGGCCUCACAGUCGAAGUAGACGGAAAGACCGUCGCAACAGCAUCAGAACUGAAACGUCUAACUGUCAACAUCACCCGACAAGCACCACCAUCCAUUGACCGGCCAACCGCCCUUUCCAUCCAACUUCAGUCCGCCUCCGAAUGGCCUCAAGGCAGUGUCUCCGUAUCCGAUGCAGAUACCGAAUCCGUCCACGCCGCCAUCGACGGCCGUGUCUGGUUCUUCCCUGAAAUCGCCAACGGCUGGGAUACUCCCGCCGGCGAUGGCAGUGAAAUCUGGUACCAGGUUGAUUUCGGGGCCGCAACCACAACUUCUUCUGCGGAGAUUGCAUUCUUCGCGAAUAGCACCCUGGGAUACGAUGUUCCGGAUUCGUAUAGAGUCCAGGCAAACACGGGCUCGUGGGCGGAUGUGUCGAAUGGAAAUUUCACCGAUCCUGUGGCGAAUGGAAUUACCACUCCGUCUUGGGAUACGACUACUUCGAACCAGAUCCGAUUGCUAUUUACGCCAAAGGAGGGACAGAAGGUGAGAUUGGUGGAGUUCAAGGUGUUUGAAUAGGUGGAUGUUUGAUGAUAUUAGUAUCUCCACUGUACAUACCCAGCUAUAACUAGUGGAUAUAAUUUCUUUAUCCUGUACUUUCUUCGGGUCUUACAAUAUAAACC